AAUGGCUGAUUUCUUAAGAGAUUUUAUGAUUGGUGGUGUUUCUGCUGCUGUUUCAAAGACAGCUGUUGCUCCAAUUGAAAGAGUCAAAUUGUUACUCUAAACCUAAGAUGCCAAUAAAAAAAUCUAAGAAGGAGGUGCCAAGAAAUACAAUGGUAUUGUUGAUUGCUUCAUCAGAGUCCCAAAAGAAGAAGUAUAUUAUAUAAUAAAUAUAUAAAGGGUUUAUCUGCCUUAUGGAGAGGAAAUUUGGCUAAUGUUAUCAGAUAUUUCCCAACAUAAGCAUUGAACUUUGCAUUCAAGGAUGCUUACAAGAAGCUUCUCUGUCCAUUUGGUAUUUAUUAUUUGAAUAUUAUUAAGACCCAAAGAAAGAGAAAUUCCUUUUCUUUUUAGGAAAUAUGGCAUCAGGUGGUGCAGCUGGUGCAACAUCUUUGAUGGUUGUUUAUCCACUUGAUUUUGCAAGAACAAGAUUAGCCGCAGAUAUUGGUAAGAAGGCUGAUAGACAAUUUAAUGGUUUGACAGAUUGUUUGAGUAAAGUUUAUAAAUCAGAUGGUUUCAUUGGAUUAUAUAGAGGAUUUGGAGUGUCAGUUUUAGGAAUAGUAGUAUAUAGAGGAGUCUAUUUUNUGUGUAUUCUACUUAAUUUCAUCAUAUUAUUAUAUAUAUCCUUUCAUUCAAAAGAUAUUUUUAUGAUAUAAAUGUUAAUUUUUACAAACUUAUUAAUAAAGAAAUUCUUCUUUUGA